CAACUUUCAAAUAUUUUCUGAAGCUUUUGAGAUAUUUUAUAUUUUAUUUUAAUAUAACUAAAAAUGCCAAUAAAAAUGAAUGCGUGCCCCCAAACGAUUUCUAACAAUUAUAGAUUCGACUUUGGUGUGCCUCUGGAAGAUAUUUCACCCCCAAAUGAUAUCCACCCCCGUUUAAAACAUUUAUUCAACGCAGCAUUCAAUUGCUAUACAUUGAGUGAUAUUCAUGAUAUGGAGCACACCCUCAAAUUUUUUCAAGGCUCCCUAGAAGAUUGCUUCAAUAUGAAAGAGGAGCUGAUUUUCCAAGUACCCUGCAACAUGAGUGACUAUCAAUCACCAGGCUCAUAUUUCUGGCUGAUUAGACACUUUUUAGGAUUACUUCCUAUUCCAUUAUUACCAAAAUACUUCCACAAAUUCACCUAUGACUGGGAAAAUCUGGGAAAGAAGUGUCAAAUGGUGCUUUCCCAUAAUAAAUAUGAUGCCAAUUCAAAUUACCAAGUGAAUAACUCUAUUGCAAGAUAUAUAGAUUCCCUACCCACAGAACAUUUUCUUCUGCUAACUACCCUUGUAAAUUUCAUAAGGAAAAUAGCUUUUAGAUUUGGAGUCUUACAUAAACAUAAUUUUGUAUGCUUGGCCAAAUAUUAUUGUGGUUCAGUAUUUAUCAGACCCUACAGACCUGGCCACAGAGAUGAUAGAAAGGUAUUUCCCCUGUUCAUAUAUCUAUUAUCAAAAUGGAACAAUAUAAUUAAAAAAUGUGAAAGACAUGUAACAAUUCCUGAAAAUUCAAGUAGAUACAUGCCUAGUUAUCAGCUCAAAAGAAAUGCCUACUGCCAAGUGAACUUUAUAAAUGGAAAUUAUGAUGUCUUUGAGAAUUCAACUAAUUUAUCUCCAUUGAGAACUUGCUGCCAAACUGGUUCACUAAACAUUCCUAAACAGUCUUGUUGCACCCACAAGUCUUGUCAAACUGAACUAACUGAAACAACUAACACAUACUGCCAAACAGAUAUAAAUUUGGAUGAUUCAGGAAGUAUUGUACCCCUUGCAAACAGCUCUGUUAUUGAUAAUCACUACUAUUCAUCAGAUAGGUAUUUUACUGCCUUGAUCAAUGAUACAUCUUGGAAUCCUGAUACCAGUAUUCACCAUGACCAUGAAGAUAGUGAAAACAAUGAUGUUUCAAAUGAAAGGGAUAGUAUGGUUAAUUUUCAUAGUAUGCUAGAUGAGAAUGAGUAUACUGGGUGGGAUGAUGUGAUGAGAGAAACAGAGAAUACUGUUAAAAAAGUUGAGGAAUACAUUUAUGAUGAUUAUGAGACUUUCAGGUGGGAAGAUUAUAACCAAAUAUCCACUGAGAAAAAAUAUAUGUCAACAUUCAAAGAUAAUAAAAAACAGCCUGUCUGGACAGACUAUACCCCUAGAAGUUUGAUCUACAGAGAGAGUAAUGAUGAAAAUGAAUCAAUUUCAGUAUUAAUCUCCAAUAAAACAUAUUUCAAAUUCCCUGAUAUCUGUGAUGACGAUUUGAGUAAAUUUAGUAGCUCUGGAGCUAGUACUGCUCUAAACACUGCAAGAGAAAUCCAUUCUUUGCAUUCCUCAAAGAGUUGUAAUCAUAUGAAUGAACUAUUGCAUCCCAUUGAAAAGAAAGAGAAACCAGAAGAGCUGAGACAUGAAAAAUCCAAGAUCAAUUUCAGUUUGAAGAGGUUCAAAAUGAGUUUCGAUUUUUUGCGUGUGCUCAUUCCUAAAAAGAAUUAUAGGACCACAUACAGAGCUAGCAAUGUUAGAUACAAAAAAAUUGUUAAUUAUAAGGCUUCCACAUUGUAAUAUUUUCUUUUGAACCUGAACUUUGGGCAAUAAAAUGUGUUUUAAGCAUAUCUUUUUGUUGGCAAACAUCAAUCAUUUUGAGGGUUUGUAAUUAUUUUCCAACUAACAUAAUCGGCGCUGACAAUCUAGCAAAAAUAUAUCAACUUCAGAUCAUUUCCAUAUUUUGUGAGUUCGAUUUUUUGAAGAAUCACCAUCACCCUUGAAUAUCACUCAUCAGAUAACAUUAUACAGCUCCAUAAACAUUAUUAUGCACAGGGUGGACAAAUAUCAAUGUUUGUAAGGGAUAACUUCACACUUCUGAAUAUAAAAUGUAUCAACUUUAGAUCAUUUCCAUAUUUUGUGAGUUCGACUUUUUGAAGAAUCACCAUCACCCUUGAAUAUUACUCAUCAGAUACCAUAUACAGCUCCAUAAACAUUAUUAUGCACAGGGUGGACAAAUAUCAAAGUUUGUAAGGGAUAACUUCACGCUUCUGAAUAU